CCAAAGAAGAAGAACGCCAUAGAAGAAGAAGUCAGUUUGUGUCGGAGUGACGAAGCGGAUUCUUUACAGCGGAUUUUCAGCUUGGUUAUGAGCAGUGCAGCAAGGGGAACAUUUGAGGAUGACCAGGAUGAGGAGGUGGACUUCUACGAGUGCCAGGAGUCUCUUGAGCCUCCUGAUCAAAGAAGGAAAGAGGACCAGGAGACAAAACAACCCGUAAGAGAGAAAGUAGAUGAGAAAUUUGAGAGGGUCACACAAAUUGAGUGCAAGGCUGGAGAAGGACUCGUGGACAAGGAGCGGAGUGAGACAGGAGAAGGACUCGUGGACAAGGAGCAGAGUGGCGGGCAGGGUGGAGAAAGGGACUUGGAAUGCAGAGGGAAGGAGUUUGAUGAUGACGACUUGAGCGAGGAGGAGACGGAGCUGACAGAGGAGGAGGAGGAGAGCCGCCGGCAGCAGAGUUUUAUUCUGAAGGAACAAGGAAAUGUUCAGUUUAAAGCUGGAGACUGGUCCAAGGCAGAGCAAAGCUACACAGCAGCACUGCGUUUAUGUCCAGUGUGUUUCAGCCAGGAGAGAGCAGUGUUGUUCUCCAACCGAGGUGCAGCUCGACUUCAUCUGGAUCUGAAGGAUCAGGCCAUCGCAGACUGCUCCAAAGCGAUUGAGUUGAACCCGAACUACAUACGUGCACUGCUGAGGCGAGCAGAACUACACGAGCAGACUGAGAAAUUGGAUGAGGCUCUGGAGGACUACAAGAAGGUUCUGGACAAGGAUCCGAACCAUGCUGGUGCCAGGCAGGCCUGCAUGAGGUUGCCGCAGCAGAUCCACGACAGGAAUGAGAAGUUGAAGGAGGAAAUGAUUGGUAAACUCAAGGAUCUGGGAAACAUGGUCCUGCGUCCUUUUGGCCUUUCAACCAACAACUUCCAGGUGAACCAAGACUCCAGCACGGGGGGAUACUCCAUCAAUUUUGUCCAGAACCCAAAUGGCAACAACAGAUGACCAUCAGGACAAACGGGCACAAAAAACUGUUUGGGACUCGGGAUUUACGCUUGAAAUAAAAGACCAUCAGCAUCCAUGUCAAAGGUCCAUUCAUGAGUCAGAUUUUCUGUAAUUAUUGAAAA